CUGGACCCUCCCAGAGUGGGACUGACCAAGGCUGCCUGCUCCUUGUGCGCUGCGCUGGGGGGGGGGGCGUCACACAGCUGCUGUAUCCCCGACCCAAAGACACACAACACGAGUUCACGCAAAAUUUGUUGCACCACCUGUUGUAGUGAGCGGCGAUGCUGGGGGUGGCGGGAAUGACGGGCAGCAUUGCUAAUGCCCUGGCCAGUGCUGCCUGUGAACGGUGCAGGAGUGGCUUCACUCCAACUGAGAAGAUCGUGAACAGUAACGGAGAGCUGUACCACGAGCAGUGCUUCGUGUGUGCACAGUGUUUCCAGCAGUUUCCAGAGGGACUCUUCUAUGAGUUUGAAGGGAGGAAGUAUUGUGAACACGACUUUCAGAUGCUGUUUGCUCCCUGCUGUCACCAAUGUGGGGAGUUUAUUAUUGGUCGUGUCAUUAAGGCCAUGAACAAUAGUUGGCACCCUGACUGCUUCUGCUGUGACAUUUGCCAGGCUGUGCUUGCUGAUGUGGGGUUUGUCAAAAACGCUGGCAGGCACUUGUGUCGCCCCUGCCAUAACCGCGAGAAAGCCCGUGGCUUGGGCAAGUAUAUCUGCCAGAAGUGUCAUGCCAUCAUUGAAGAGCAGCCACUGAUCUUUAAGAAUGACCCAUAUCACCCAGAUCACUUCAACUGCAGCAACUGUGGGAAGGAAUUGACGGCUGAAGCCAGAGAACUAAAGGGAGAGCUCUUCUGUUUGCCCUGCCACGACAAGAUGGGUGUACCGAUCUGUGGUGCCUGCAGGAGACCCAUUGAGGGCCGUGUUGUCAAUGCCAUGGGCAAGCAGUGGCAUGUGGAGCAUUUUGUGUGUGCCAAGUGUGAGAAGCCUUUCCUUGGUCAUCGCCAUUAUGAGAGGAAAGGCUUGGCCUACUGCGAGACUCAUUAUAACCAGCUUUUUGGUGAUGUUUGUUAUCACUGCAACCGUGUAAUUGAAGGGGAUGUUGUGUCUGCUCUCAACAAGGCCUGGUGUGUCACUUGUUUUUCUUGCUCCACCUGCAACACAAAACUCACCCUAAAAAACAAGUUUGUUGAGUUUGAUAUGAAGCCUGUUUGUAAAAAGUGCUAUGAGAAGUUUCCUCUGGAGCUCAAGAAGAGGCUCAAGAAACUAGCUGAGUCGUUGGGACGCAAGUGAGCUUCUUCAGUCCAAACACCAUGGCAGUACUGUAUUAUUGCUAUUGAUGAUUGAAUAAAAAUAUCCAGAUAAAUUGGUGCAUUUCUGCCUGAGUGAUUACUGGCAUUAUCGUUAAAUCGUUAAAUGUAAGUGUGGGAUUUAAAAGUAAUAAUAAUACCACUGUCUUACCACUGAUUUAUAUUUAGUUUUUUUAGUGCAAGUGUUAUUUUUUAAUAGCAUUCCUAACUUGUCCUAAUUUGUUAUUUUUAAGCCAAGGAACACGAUGCCUGAGUUUAAUUUGACAUCAUCAGCAUAAUUUCCUUCUCUAAUCUUCUUUCUCAGAUUGUUUGGCUUUACUCUCAGUUACACUUGUGCCUUGAAUGCAUGGACUAUGUGUCAUAGAAUGUCACUGGCUAUUAAUGUAACUUACAAAUAUAUGAUUAAAAUCAUGUUUUAUUAUAUGUAUCUUAAUUAGAAAAAAGCAGUGCAUAUAUUAAAUAAUUGUUGCCAGGAUGAAGAAUAAAGAGCAACAUAUAUCAGGAAAAAACUGCAAUGUUCAUCUGCAAACCACUAAAUCAUUUGGACAUCUUUAUUCCAAUGGAUAACAAUUAUUUGUUUGAAGUAUGUUUAAGUUGCUUUAUAAUAUUUGGUCCCCUAGUCUGAUUUCUAUAAGUUUAUACAGUUGCAUGCAAACAUUGAUGAACUAGUCUUUUCUGUCUGAUUUUUUCCCUUAAAGACAAGGUAGAAUCCUAAUAAAGAAGUUUUUAUUAUA